AUGACACUGUUCAGCUGCACGAUUGUUCUUCUUGUGCUUGCGAUUGGCGCAAGUCAAGCGAAAUUACGAAUCGAUAAUCAAUGGGCAGGCGGGUUUCAAGGAGCCAUAGAAAUUCCAAUUCCAAAUUCAAUCAAUGGAUGGAAACUUGAAAUUCGUUUCAGUCAACCCGUUUCUAUUGAUGCAUGGCUUGGAGACCUCGACUCUAAAGUUGACGAUCGAACCUAUAUUUACCGAAAUAAAGAUUGGAAUGCACAAUUCUCUAGUGGUGCACAAUUCAAUUUCGAAUUUGUUGCCAAUGGAGGUGUUGAACCAAGCAAUCUCAUAACUGUUCUAUUCAACGGUCAAACAGUCGAUAUUGGUUCACAAGGCGUAACUAUCCCAGCUGUAAGUACCGCUCGCCCAACAGAGAACACACCAAAUCCAACAGGAAGUACACCAACAUUUGAACCUGAAACUCCACCAACCACAUUUGCACCAGUUGUCGCACCAGUAGUUGAUAGCAAAUACAACUACGCUAGUGUUCUCGGUGCGUCACUUUUGUUUUAUGAAGCUCAACGUGCUGGUAAACUUCCAGCAAAUAAUCGUCUUAGCUGGAGAGGUGAUUCGAUGUUGAUGGACAAAGGUGAAAACGGAGAAGAUUUAACUGGAGGAUAUUUUGAUGCUGGCGACUAUGUCAAAUUCGGUUUUCCAAUGGCUGCGUUUACAACAUUGUUAGCGUGGGGUGCGAUCGACUAUGCAGAUGCUUAUAUAGCGUCAGGCGAAUUAGAAAACAUGCGCCAAGCAAUCCGUUGGUCAACUGACUAUUUCAUCAAGGCACAUGUUAGCGAACGGGAAUUCUACGGACAAGUUGGUGAUGGGCAUGUCGAUCAUGCUUCGUGGACACGACCUGAAGAUUGGACUCAAGCACGUCCAGCAUGGAAAGUCACUCGAACACAACCUGGUUCUGAAUUAGUAGGUGAAACGGCUGCUGCCCUAGCUGCCGCCUCAAUGGUAUUUCGUUCGGUCGAUCCUACCUAUUCGUCGAAAUUACUGAGUCAUGCUCGUCAAUUGUAUGAUUUCGCUAACGAAAAUCGUGGCUCCUAUUCUGAUUCGAUUACCAAUGCUGCUAAUUUCUAUAAAUCAUGGUCGGGUUAUGGUGACGAAUUAGCUUGGGCUGCUGCUUGGUUAUUACGUGCAACAAGUGAACAUCGUUAUCAAAUCGAAGUUGAAAAACAUUUCAUGGAAUUCGGUUUAAGUAAGCGACCAACUGAAUUCGGUUGGGACAAUAAAUUAGCAGGUGUUCAAGUACUCAUGGCCAAAUUGACACAACAAACGAACUAUCGUCAACAAGCUGAAUCAUUCUGUAACUAUAUCGUUCGACAAGCUCCACGCACACCAAAAGGUCUCGUAUUUAUUGAUCAAUGGGGAGCACUUCGUCAUGCUGGAAACGUUGCUUUCGUUUGUUUACAAGCUGCAGAAAUCGGCAUCAAUACUCAAGAAUAUGUUGAUUUUGCAUUUCAACAAAUCAAUUACAUUUUAGGUGAUUCAGGUCGAUCCUAUGUAAUUGGUUUUGGCAAAAAUUACCCUCAACGACCUCACCAUCGAUCAAGUUCGUGCCCUUCAAGACCAGCAGUAUGCGAUUGGAAUGCUUACAAUAGUGCAUCAGCUAAUCCUCAAUUAUUGGUUGGUGCUUUAGUCGGUGGACCAGACAAAAACGAUAGCUACGAAGAUAACCGUAAUGAUUAUGUUAAAAACGAAGUUGCUACCGAUUACAAUGCUGGCUUUCAAUCCGCCGUUGCCGGCUUACUUCACUAUCAAUUGAAAUAG